AUUCACUGGCGUAAACGAGAAGGCGCAUCAGCUUGUGUUCGAAGGAACAUUCGAACGUAAAUAAUAGGUUUUGUGCUGAGUGUUCUUCCAUUAUCCUACAUUUCUAUAAGACAAGCUUUUAUGCAUAUACACUGUAACUCAUUUUAAAUUAAGUUACUAAUAUCCGUAAAUAAUCUAUUGGUUCCAAUAACCUUAUUUGGUUUUUCGUCCACAAACCUUCAUUUGAAUACUCGACCAGAACCUGUUUGUACCAACGAUAACGAUGUGGAAAACACAGGCAUUCACGCAGGCUUUAAUAGCUAUAAUUUUUGAAACUAUAUUGUUAGUGUUCUGUGAUAACGUGAAUGACAAUGAACUCGUAUUUGCACAUGUGGUUUAUCGUCACGGCAAUAGAACACCUUUGGUAAGCUAUCCCACGGAUCCGUGGGAAGCGAGAUACAACUGGAACCAUGGCUGGGGUCAAUUGACUAACGAAGGAAAGCGAACGCAGUUUCAUUUAGGGCAGUGGUUAAGGAACCGUUACAGGGAUCUGCUAAGCGAAAUCUAUUCGGAGGAUGAAAUCUACGUGCAAACCACGGAAGCCGAUCGCACCCUGAUGAGUGCCCUUUCUAAUCUUGCCGGGUUGUAUCCACCGAAAGGUACCGAUCAGUGGCUCUCUGACAUGCCCUGGCAACCAAUUCCGGUGCAUCAAAUCCCGAAAUCGAUGGACCAUAUUAUAUCCGGCACACGACACUGUCCCAAAUUUCAGCAACUACUCAAUCAGCACAUGCAAACGGAUGAUUAUCGAACGUAUUUCAGAUCGAUUAAAUCGAUUCUCGAUUAUGCAACACACCAUUCGCGGAAACAAAUCGACUCCGUAGUGUCUUUAUAUGAUUUUUAUAAUUGUCUCGAUGUAGAACAGGAGAAUGGUUUUGAUUUGCCAGCUUGGACCCAAAAGAUCUAUCCUGAGCCACUAAGAUCUAUCUCGGCAGAGAUGUUUAGGCUGCACACCAAUACAACGGCAAUGGCUCGUCUCAAAGCGGGUCCAAUGAUAAAGGAUAUUCUUACACGUUUUCAAGACAAGGUGAACGGCAACCUUAUACCGAACAGACGGCUCUGGGUAUACAGCGGACAUGAUAUCACCGUUGUCAAUUUAUUAAACGGCUUAGGUUUAUUCAAACCGCAUAACCCACCUUAUGCGGCUUGUGUCAUGCUCGAAUUGAGAAUACCGAAAUCAGGCGACUCACCUUACGUUUCCAUUUACUACAAAGACAGCAGCGGGAAUCCGGAACCAUUGGAUAUACCCAAAUGUGGUCAACGCUGCCCACUGGAGAGGAUGUUCGAUCUCUAUAAGGAUAUCAUUCCGAGUGAUUGGGAUCGAGAAUGCGAAAUUCAGGAUUGAAUGCAAAAUUAGCUACGCUAUCUGAUUUUGAAAUUAAAGUGAAGAAAUUUAAUUUACUCUUUUUGAAAUUCUUUUGUGUUCUAUAAAAGUAAAUUUUAUCACAAACUCAUUUUAAAUUAAGGAAUUAAACAACU